AUUUGCCAUUGCGCUGUGUCUUCCACAGGGCGAAACGAUAUCCGCAACGCAUACUACGAAGGCGCAGUUCACCUGAACUGCGUCAGUUCUUACACGCAUAUGUAAACCAGUGAGAACCAGUGGUGCACUAUUGUGAACAGAUAUUUUUGCUUGAGCUGAUAUGAUGACAACACGUCUGCUCGUAAUGUUGGGAAUGGCCGUUGGUGGCGUCUGGGCAUCGCCAGCGGAAGAAAAACUUAUACAGAGUCUGUUGGCAAAUUACGAAUCGAGCAGCAGACCUGUGACCCGCACCGGCGAAUCGCUGACGAUCAAUGUGAGCUUUGUGCCGAUUAAACUUGAUGUUGUUGAUGUCGACGACAACAGGUUGAUGCUGCAUGGCUGGGUCAAGCUAUCGUGGAAAGACGUGCAACUUAAAUGGAACGCGUCGGAUCACGAUGAAAUCACUAUUCUCAAUCUUCCGAUCGAGACCCUUUGGAAGCCUGAUCUUAGGCUAUACAACGCUUAUGAAUUAAGCGUCGAAAACACACUAACCCUUGUCAGCAGUGAUGGAACGGUGCUGUGGGUGCCCCCGUUGAGCGGUGAGGUAACAUGCAAUCUUAGCGCGAUAUGGUUCCCGUUCGAUAUACAACGCUGCACUCUCGUCUUUGGCAGCUGGACGUACGACAAGACAAAAAUUGACCUCCAAGUGGGCACCGAUCUUGAUAAUGAUGUUUUCAUGCAAAAUAGCGAAUGGAAGUUGAUUUCUACAGAAAGUGAACGUCGCGAAAAGAAAUAUGUCUGCUGCGAAAAUGCCUACCCGAGUGUUCAAGUGACGCUGACUAUACAGCGUAAAGCUUGCCGGCACGUAGUAGAACGCGUCGUGCCGCUAAUCGCCGUUGUGACUCUUGCGCUUCUCACGAUGAUGAUCCCCGCGACGAAGGCCGAUAUCCGUCUGUUAAUCGUCACCCUGCUCCUGGGUUCGGCACUUGUACACCUUCGGUCAUCGGACGAAUCGGUCCCAGAAAACUUGUCUAUCCUUACCGUUCUCAAUGGCUUGUUCAUUGCAAUUCUGUCUGGCCUCUUCCUGUGUAAUUGUACUCAUUUGGCUAUUUUACGCGGUCACAUGGACUGCUCAUUCUUAGCUAAGCUGACGGGUCUCGUGGGGGCAGACGGGACCGCAGGCGAGAAGUCAGAAGCCCUCAUUUCUGAUGUUGAGCAACGUUACCACCGUACGCUUGAUUCCGUCUUUACGGUGCCACUUGCUUUCGUCGCAACGCUUUCAACUGUAUUGUUCUUCUCGGUACCGCUAUUCUGAGCAGAGCGCCUAGAAACGUAUAAAAUUUAGAUAUACGUCUGCACGUAUGCCCGGGUAACAACCGAUAAAUCGCUAGUAGGACCUAAGAUACAGUAGGAUAUAGUCCUGUGGCAGACCAUAUACUUAUAUAAAUACUUGGUACGUCCAAAUAAGUACUAAAGCGGCCAACAACGGGUCAGUCCGCGUAAAAAUGUACCUUUUUUCGUAAAAUAAACUUAUAUGCAAAUUA